AUGCUGAGGCCGCGUCGCAACGAGCACAAGCACGGGGCUUGGGCGGGCCAGCGGCUGUUGCCGGAGAAGCUUCAGAAGCACUGGUCUCUGGCUACAUUGCGAGGCCAGGUCGCGCCCUCCGGCUAUCCGAAGCCUUCUGGCGCAGGUGGCAGCGACCCGGGGGUGCUGGCGCUGAAAGCAGAAGGAUACACAGGCCUGGCCAGCGGGAGAUAUGCGAGGGUCAAAGGAUGGGCGGACAUCGAGCUGCUGCCGGCCUUGCGGCAGCACCUGCGCCGGGACAUGCACCCGGAGCGCCUGGCGCUCUUGGAGCUGCUGGAGCACCUCCGGGCCGAGGAAGGCGAGGACGAGGAGAGGCUUCUGCAGCGGUGCGAGGGACGGGUCCAGGUUUAUGUCUCGCAGUACCCCUGUGUGUCUUGCCUCGCAGUCUUCUGCCAGUUCAGACGCAGGUGUCCCAACAUCCAGCUGGAGGUGGCCUUCGAUAACGCUUGGACGACCUUCUGCGGCCAGCCUCGGAAUCGAUGA